AUGAUCGCCGCAUCGAGAUCGCUCCUGCUGCUGUUGCCGCUUGCGGUGUUGUUGGUGUGCGGGCUCUGCUUGCAAGCACCACUAACGUAUGCGAGCCCUUCACCUCCUUCACCCGCUUCACCCCCUUCACCCCCUUCACCCGCUUCACCCACGGUCGGGAAGGACGCGGCCGGAAACCUGCACAUCAACACGACCUUUGACACGACGGGUGCGACCGUGUACGUGAACGGUGUGGAUCUGCUGGACGAGCUGGCAACGCUGCGCCGCGAGGUGCGCGCGCUGCGCGACACGUUUGGCUGCAGGGUGUUCACCUACGACGUGACGACGUUUGCGUCGCUCAGCGGCGGCGACAAGUGGUGGGGCGCCGUGCAUGCCAGGAACGACAAGAUCUUCGGCGUUCCGUACGACGCCACCUCCGUCCUCAUCAUCGACCCGGCGGCCAACACCAUCGACACCACGUCCAUCAGCGGCCUGGCGUCUACGGAGGGCAAGUGGUCCGACGGUGCAGAGGCACCCAACGGCAAGGUCUACUGCGUGCCGCAGUAUGCUGGCGCUGUGCUCAUCAUCGACACGGAGACCUACGCCGUGGACGUUGGCACCCUCGGCGGCCUGAGCGGCAAGUGGCAGGACGCCGUCCUCGCCAACAACGGCAAGAUCUACGGCAUACCCUCGAGCGCCGCCAGCGUGCUAGUCAUUGACCCAACGAGCAACACCACCGACACAACGUCCUUGCCCGUCCUAUCUGGCAACAACAAGUGGGGCGGCGGCGUGCUGGCUGCCAACGGCAAGAUCUACGCGGUUCCAUUGGGCGAAUCCUCCGUCCUCAUCGUUGACCCUGAGGCCAACACCGUUGACAUCACAACCAUCUCCGGCCUGCCGAGGACCACCUCGCCCAAGUGGUGGAACGCCGUGCUUGCAAGCAACGGCAACAUCUACGGCAUCCCAUACUCGUCGUCUGCCGUGCUCAUCGUCAACCCAGUCACCGAUGCGGCCGAUUGGACCACGCUGGCCGGCCUCCCCACCACAACCGGCAAGUGGUUUGACGGCGUGGAGGUGUCCGACGGGCGCAUCGUGGCCACGCCCGACAACGCAGACUCCAUCUUGGCCAUUGACACCAACGCCAACACCACGUCCACUGCCACCUCCGUCUCCUCGUCUCAGUUCAAGUGGCUUGGCGCCGCAAAGUCUGCCGCCACCGGGCUUGUCUAUGGCGUCCCAUACGACAGCACGUCCGUCCUCAUCAUCAACCCAGACUGCGUCGUGUGAGAAGGCAGUUCGUUUGGCGAUGUAAGGCGGGGGAGAGGUUACGAACAGCUACUUCCCUCUGCUGCUCUUUCUUCUUUCGUUAUGUCACAACAUUAAUUCCGUGCUUCCUGUUUGCUUGCUUGCGAUUAUGUUACACAUUACAAUUAUGUCACUUUGCAGUUGCCCAACUGCCGUUGCCUUUCGUUUGCUUUGCUUGCUUCCUUUUCUGUGUUCAACGCACUCUGCACGCGCCAUUCCCUGGCUCGCAACUCUCCCCUUUUCUCUCCCAUCUCCCCUUCCCUCCCUCUUUCUUUCUGUCCUUGAGUCAGACAAUGCUUUAUUUCUUUCGGGCUAUGUACGAUGUUGGGUUGUUACAUUACAAUACACGUUGAC